GCAGAGAUCGAGAGUCAGGGCAGCAAAGCAAAGGUGUACGGCGAGAUGCUGCAUGUAGAUAUACCCUUUCCCAUUCCUGAGCCUGAUGGAUGCAAGUCCGGGAUCCAGUGCCCAAUUCAGAAGGGCCGUUCCUACAGCUACCUGAAUAAACUCCCUGUGAAGAGCGAGUACCCCAGUAUUAAACUGAUUGUGAAGUGGGAGCUGGUGGAUGACCAGGACCAGAUGUUGUUCUGCUGGAAGAUACCAGUUCAGAUCACCAGCUGAGGAGCCCUGCCAUUCGUAGGGCUUGGGGAGGGGAAAAACAGAAGACAACACAGGCCAAAUUCUUUUAUAUAAUAAGCAUUUCUUACUGCUUCCUUCAGAGCUCUGCAGCCUCUGAGCAGCCAGUACUGUGUUCCUGCAAGGUCAGCCAUGGGUAGAGGGCUUUUACCCCAUUUAGAGCCCCCUGGGGCGUUCUCACAGCAGCUCAAGCGGGAGCAGUGGCUGCUGCAGGAGUGACUGAGCAUUGUCCUCUGGCC